UGAAAACAUGGCGGCCAAAAGCGCACUUGAACGUGGAAUAACAUCAGUCUGGCAAAAACUUUUGACUGUUGUCAACAAUGCCUUGGUUUAUCUUGAUAGUAGAACAGCUGAAUGGACUCACUGGUGUGGUAAUCUACAAGAUCUGAUUGAUGCAGGAGCGCUUAAUGUCUGCGACAUUUCUUCUGGAAGAGUGAGUACUGGUCUUGAUUUUCACAGAUAUCUUGUUUUAACUUUUAAAUUCUUAAUUGAAAGGCCAGAAAGGAAACAAUUAAAAUCAUUAGCUUAUUGAGUUAUAACAGGAGAUAUUACGAGUGAAAGAUUUUCGGAGAUCGUGCGUGUUUAUUAUUUUAAUUUUAUGGACUACUUAAGCUUCAGAACGAAGAGAUACCGAUACAUAAAUUACUUUUUUGAUUGUCUUCAUCUUGCUAGCAAGUCAACAAUACUAGCAUCUUUAAUUGUUUUAAUGGAAAUCUUACACUUGCCAACAAGUUUCCGUUUUGUAAUUUCUCCUUGGCCCGUUUAAACCACUUUGUGCUUUUAUGUGAGAUAACGAUUGAAAAGAUUUUGAAAUUAUGGCCCUUCAUUUCUGAUCAAAUGGUAGGUUUUUUAAUUACCUAUAUAUCAUGCACCAAUUUCAGGCAAAUUUAUCAAUUUCAGUUUAUCGUAACUCUUGCUCCUAUUAACCUAUUUUGUUUCCAUUCACCUUAUUGUUGCUAAAUAUUCCGUUAACCUUUUUUUCUAAAGAUCUCAUUAGUAAUUCUCUUUCCUGUCUGCCAUACAACUCAUAUGAUGUUGGUUUUGAAUUAACAAAUAAUCCCCCAGUUGUUAGUUUUCUUUAUCCUCAUUACUUGUCAGCUUUUGUUCACUCAUGGGAAUUAAAGAGUUAAUAAAUUAAUCACCUUUCUCCCUGUUAUUUUCAGGGGGGAAAUGAAUCAGAAACAAAAGCUGUGUUUGUGAUUGGUACUCUUCUUCAAAGUGAGACUCUGGACUUGAUUCAUGCCAUUGUAGAAUCAAGCGAUUUUCAGCACUGCACAAUCCUUUGCACAGUGCCUGAAAAUGUGCAUUGUUUUGCAAGACAUGUUGAAAUAGGAGAAAUAUCACCAUUUGGAGAAAUAUCACAGAAACUUAGAGAGUGGAUGGGGAACAUGGUAGGUUUAAGUAAUUGGAAGGAUAGGGUUGAAAAUGUGGAAAAAAUUGCUUAAUUUUUCCUUGUUUUUCUCUUGCUUGCAGCCUGGUAUAAGUAAUAACAUGAUUUCAAGGGUGAGAGUAAUUUAUAGUCUUUGAAAAAUCUAUAAGAGCUUACUUACACCAAAUUGCACUCAAAUGACAUGACAAAAGCAACACAGAAAGUCAAGAGAGACAAAAUUCUGACAGUGCAUGCUAUUUGUAAUUUGUACUUGCUUUACAACCUUGCACUCAUAUUACAACUUUGCACUUGUGUUACAUAAAAAAUGCUCUUGUUUCAGCUGAUCAGAAGAGCAUAACUUUUUUCAUUUAAUAUAUUGUUAUACACCUUGAUGAUGGUGCAAAGGGGGGUCCUGAUCUCAUUUUAUGCAUGAUUUGUAUGAAAAAUUAAUGUAUCAUAUGUGUAAAAGGGAAAACUUCAAAUUACUCCUUUUGUGUGCAGGGUUUCAGAUUAAUCAAGUGUAGUUUUCACAAACUGGCAGACAAAUUUGCAGUUCAUGUUCUUACUCGCCUUUCUUUAAAAUUCAUGCAUGAACCCUUUUCCACCCUCAUCAAUUAAAAAAAAAUUGUUUGGUAUUUGCUUCACUGAUUUUUAUAUGUAAUAAAAAUAUGCAAAAAAUUCAGGUUUGUUAAUAGCCACAUAUUAAGAAACUUCUAUUUGUUUACUACAGUAUGCCACUGUAGAUGUCCACUACUUGCCCCUGUUUCCUGCUGUGGUUUGUCCUGGUCUUUUCAUUACUCCUGUGUUUUCAACCUUUUUUCCUCUACUGCCAUCAGACGUACCAAGACUACAAAAGUUUCUCAGGAGUACGGUAUGAUUUUUAUCUAAAUACCCCUUCUAUUGGAGACUGAGUUAUCAAGAAUUCAGUUUAAAUUUAACUACUCUUCUACGACAGAAGAUGGGGCUGUAUGGUCCUUGAGAUAUUUACCCUGUACCAGUAUUAGACAAACUACAAAUCUUACACAAUAUUCAAUAUUUUGUUUUAAUUAAAUGUAUGUUUUGCUGUUUGUUUAAGUUCUGUGUGUGUGACAUGUUGGAAACUUAUCUAAACUGUCUGAAAUUAACAGGGUGACAAAAGAGUAUUUAACAGCCUGGAUGACUUUGAGGUGACUUCUCUUCCUCAUAAUCUGCAAUUGAAAGUCAAGGUAGGUAAUGAAUGUCUUUGCAGCAUUUUGAAUUGAAAGGGAAAUAUGCCCACAAAUGCUAAGAUUAGGCAGGGCAAUAAUCAGGAAUCUGAAAAUAAUAUAGAACAGCGCGCAACUUCUACUUUGUUGAGUCAGUUAGACAAUGGUUUCCUUUGUGAAAAUUUCCCUUUCUGUAAAACUUAAAAAAAAAAAAUUCAACACUUCUCUAAUGAAUCUGUUUGGUUGUGGUCAUCUUUCAUAUAAAAGAUAAAUGCUAUUGGGGACUUUAAACCUGCAAAGAAAGAAAAUAUCAAAGUUUAUGGGAUUUCAUUUUGUAACCUUCAUCCAGUAAGUGAGUAAUAUGGAGGUCCUAAUGAUAAACCCCAACCACUCCAUCAACAAUAAAUGUGACUUGAGUACAUUAUCCUUAGUUAUUUUUUACCUUCACCUCACUGUUUCAGAUGUUUGCCUUUGGUUUGAACAGUUUGUUUGAAUUGUUGGAAGUCAGUGAGGAUUGUUAUGGAGUAGGAUAUCUCAGCAAAGUGAUAGCUACAGAACUUGCAAACUUACCAGCGGCUAGAACAAGAAGAAAGGUACAUCAGUCAAUCACUUGUAAAUUGGUCCCAUUGCUUUCAAUGAGAAGCUCUAAUUAAACUUGGCUUAGGUGACAAACACCUACCUACAGUUAAGAUUUGAAUGUCAUCAGCUGUAAAAAAUUAUCUUUGGUUUUUAUCCUCAGGUCUAAAAUUUAGCAUCCUCCUUUCUACCAUUGCAUAAAGUCAAUUGGUAUAGUAGAACCUUGAUUUAGUGAACCUCUAUAUAAUGAACAGUACUCUUCAGCGCACCUAAAGUUACAGUAAAAUGUAUGGGAAAGAACCUCAAAUAAUGAAGCUUGAUGUGACUAAAUCCUUGUUAUGAUGAACACAAUUCAGAAGCCAAAACGUAUAAUAUACCCCACAAAUGUUAACACGUGACCUUGAAGGACAAAUGCAAAACAGACCAACAAGAAUCAAUAUCCUUCAAUUCUUUGAAAAUAAAACAACUUCACAGUUAACAGCUCACUAUAAAUGCUGACACUGACGUUAUCAACAUAUCUAUAGAUCGGCUUUAUGCUCUUUGUCCCUUAUUAGUUCUAUUAAGUUGAAUUUAACCUCUUCAUUUUUGAAGGCUUCUUGUAGUUAAAGGUGUAAGAGGCAGGAAUUUCCAGCAUAAUAGCCUUGUUUCUCUGUUUUCCAGUGACUUCCACUAAAAUUUGUUCUCUUUGCUUAAAAAACAAGGUGCUGUAGCUAUGUACAGACCUGUACAGUGCACGUGUACUGUAGCCUCAAAUAGACAUUAAAAAAUAAUGUUAUUUACCAUAAUCAUUCCAAUCUCAAAAUGCUGGUAGUGCAACGUCACACCAAAAAAAAAAAAUUCUGUUAACCAUCCCUCAAUAUAACAAACAAUUUGGUUGUUUUUCCAUAAAUUCCUUGAAUUGAGGUUUUCAGUAUUUAUUUAAUAAUGGACUUGGGAUAAAACGAGCUGAUUUCCCUAGUCCCUUGGCAUUUUCUUAACUCAAGGUUCCCCUGUACCUUGCUCACAGAAAAUUAUAUUUAAAUUUAACUUAAUGAUAUGCAUGAUGUCUGUCUGGGACUUUAUUUUCCUUGGUACUUGUUUUUUGUAAAAGGUCUGUCUGUGAAUUGUGAUUAAAUUUAGGUAAUAGUCUGAGAAGAAAUUGAUGUAUUAAACAGCAGUCUGUUUUUGAUUUACACUGGUCAGAGCUUGAGCAGUCGUGGAUCACUGAUUUUGGUCGACAGAACACUUGAUCUGGUAGGAGCAGCAAGCCACACAUUUGAUACACUUGCUGACAGGAUCAUCCAGUCAUUGCCAAGAUUACCACAACACACCAGUGAUGUUGCUGUAGAUAUGUCACCACUUUGCUCUCCUGGCAGGUAUGAUAAAGGUCACAUUUUUAUGAAAGGAAACCUCUUGUUCAUAUUGGUUCAGCUCUUAACCUUUUAACUCCUACUAGAGUUAGGAUAUCAUGUCACUCUCCUCACAAAUACAUUAACCAGCAAUGGGUAGAGGAGAAUACUCAAUCUUAUCUGUUGGAAGAUGUUAUCUUGAUAUGACAUGAAAUGUGCUCAACAUGCAAAUGAAUAGUAGUUAAAGGGAAAUAUAUCAUGAUGGUAUUUACUUGAUUUAGCCCCACAGCUUUGUUACCUUUAUUUCAAAAUCAUGUUUUAGAAAUGACAGCCAAAUUUUUAAAAUAAUUUGUAACUAUCAUGUAAAACAUAAUUAAGUAAUCUCACUUUUUUCAUAUCAAUUUUUCAAGGGUAGGGUAGAUUAUUGAGUUUAAACAAGCAUGAUAGCUCCUAUGUGUAAUCUUCAAGGAAAGACCUCAUUCUCCUGUUUGUAUGUUGCAUAUAUUUGAGCACAGAAAUUUUUGGAAGUCAUGCUUCUGUGUAUGGUGCUAAAUCACAUGGGACACUUAUUUGAGAAAUACAAUAGGUGCAAGGCUGAACAGGUCAUUCUUUCUACUCUUCUUGUUUUCAGUUCAACUCCACACACUGUGGCGCCAGGCUGCUUAGCACAUCCUCGAGAUCCUUCUACCCAGGCUCUUCUCUGCUCCAUGAUAACCAAGAGACUAAAGGUGCCCUGCACAUGAUAAACAUGUUUUAUUUUUUCAGACUUCACUGAUAUAUAUUAGAAGUUAUUCUAUUCCAUUGAUAUGUGCACCUCCUGCCACCUUGAACUUGAGAUCCCAUCCUUGGGUGUGGACCUGUGUCAGAGUAUCACAGACUACCCUGGACCUCUCUGUUUCAAGGCAAAGAGAAAUAAAAAAAAAUUUUCCUAAUUGUUAUGUACUGUCAUGAGAAGCAACAAACAAAUGAUUAUUUUUGUAUUUAAAAAUCUAUUUUAACAGUUCUAACAGUUAUUUAUAACCACUCAGUACUAUCUGAUCAUUUGCCAAUGCUUUACUCAAGUAAUUCUUUGCCAUAUUUGAGAAGUAAAUCUCAUGUUUAUAAUAAGUACCAGUAUUACUUUUUUUUUUUUCUGUGUCAUAUUUUUUUACUAUUGACAUAUACCCCUGUUUUUGUCUCUAAGGAAAGCCUUAUGGAUUUGUCAAGACAGUUACAAGAUGCUUUGACUAAAGAAUCACUGAUACAAAAGAACAAAGGUGUUCAGAAUAAAAUCACAAUAGAGCAGCUGGUAUCCAUGUCAGAACAUUUCAGGUAUAUCUACAUUGUUUUUAUACAUAAAUUUAAUACUUACUCUCAAGAUUGCAGUAAAUUUUUGUUCUACCUUUAGGGGACUUUGAGUCUUUUUGGUGCAAGUAAAUACUCUUCUCCCUUUCUUAGAGGUCAGCCAAAGUGUUUACAAAGACAUGGUGCACUGCUGCAGUUGGUCAGAGCCACAAUUACAGCAUUGAAGAAUGAACACAAUUCACAAAUGGAACUCUUGCAAGCUAUAGAAAAAGUAAGUUUUCUAUAAAUUUUUCUCCCAGUUCUCAAUGCCAAUUAGUUGAUACAGACUAAAUAACCUAAGUUUCUGGCAUCAUCCACGUUGUAGCAUUUACGAUGAAAAAAUUGUCAAAUACUAUUAGUAAACUUUGUGGCUGGUAUGAUGCAGUGUUUCGUCUCGGCCAAGAGACUCAUCAGAUACCUUUCAUAAAUUUAAAGUGAACUUGUCAAGCAUUGUGUUCAAAGUCCUGUUCAUGGAGUUUGCAAAGUCAGGAUAUUAGUAGUCUGCCAUUAGCAUUGUCCUUACAAUUUGCUGAUGCUUAUUUACAGUAUUGUGGCUGGUUGGGAAUAUUGCCUUUGAAGGGUGGUUAUUGUUCUCCAAAAAUCUAAAGUGAUGGUGAAAUGAAAAUAAGGAUGAAUUAGUUGGAUUGAGCAUUGUGCUAGGAUUGCAGGGUCAUGCACUGAAAUCCUGGCAUCUUUUUUCAGUUGCAGGAAAUUGAGAAAUAUCACAGGAAGGAUCAUUUCAUGAUUUAAUUUCAUCAGCACAGCUCAUAUGAAAUCUCUCAAAAAUUGAAUUUCUAAAGGCAUUAUGAAGUAUGACAUAUACAGUCAUUUAAAAGGACACUAGACAGUUCUCAGUUUCAGUUCAUUUGGCCCAGUGUCCAAUUCACAAGACACAAUUAUUAAAUUUCAUUUCACUUACUUUUUCUGAGAGAUUAAUUCUUUUUUAUUUUUAAAGGGUUUAAUUCUCCACAUUGGAGAACAUGGACCUCAAAGUGCUUUAUCAGAGGUGAUAAGUGCGUUACAGUCUGACAGUAGACAGAGGUGUGUAUGUAAGCUCUUCCUCUUUUGUUUUUUAAUAUGUCUCAUCCAUUUGAAGCCAAAGGUAAUGUGGAAGAAGGCUAUUAACUACUUAUUGUGAACAUAUUUUACAGAGUGGCCUAAAGUUGAAGCAGUUUUCUGGUAGCUUCAUCCCCAAACAUACUUACUCCUUCCUUCUUUUAUGUAAGGUUUUGGUUGGUUAUGCCUCACUGAUAUCUUUAAGAUGUGCUAGGCCUUUAUUAUAACCUUGAGGAUAAGGUAGCUUAUGGCAAAUAUUAUCAAGCAUGGAGUUUAGGGGAUCAUUUUACACUUGCUUUAUAUUCUUUUACAGAUUUAUAGCUGUAGAAGAUGUUUUGCUUGUCCUGGUGUUCCUAUACUCUCUUACUGGUGGACAGGAUUGCUUUGACUCGCCCAUGGAAGAAGAACAAAUCAAAGUAUGCACAACCUCUUAUUUAACAUGAUGAUGUUUUGACUUAUCUAUGUUACAGUCUGUGUGCUAUUAGUUUGCUAAGCUGAGUUUUAUAUAAGAAUAUAUAUAUAUAUAUAUAUAUAUAUAUAUAUAUAUAUAAUUGUGUAAUUUAUUACAUAUGAUUGGUAUAAACAAGUAAUUGGUGUUGGAGCAAGAAACACAAAGCUAAUGCAGUUCUAGAUUGCUUUCAAUAUUCAAUUGAAAAUUGUUGAGUUAACACUGAUUAUGCUAUUAAUGCACAGCUGGGUAAUCCUCAUUACUUGUCUUGCUAUGUCUUUGAUACUUUUCACAGAACAUGCUGGUGAAUAGCAUACUCAGUGGAGAGCUGAAAUGCAACAGUGAGCAGUUCUUAGGUUUGUGACAACCUUUGGGAACUCCAGGAGUCUCAAGGGUGUUGGAGGACUUUAAAUGAGGGAUGCUACACCACCAUAUACAGAUUACUACUUUUUCGUAUGAAGAAAGGGGAGGAAUGGGAGCCACAUACAUCUCAGCCAUCCCCCUCCCCCCUCCCCCAGUUUGGCUACACCCCUCAGCCCAAAUGAUCCGGCAACAAAACUGAUGGUUUUAUCGAUUUUCAUGAUAUGGAAUGACCUGUGGGAGAAAUUUUGACCCUCUUUAAAAACAAUUAAUGUCAACGUCGUUAACGUUGUGCUAAGAGUAACUUUUUUUAUUUGGAGUAAGAAAUGUUCCCCAUUUACUACAUUCUGAUUUAUGGUUCAGCUCUUUUUUUAAGAACGCAAUCACACCCUCACUCAACCCCCCUUAGUUCACACCUAUGAAGUUUCAUUUAUUUCUUGACAUAAAGGGUCGGAACUGUCGGAGAAGACCGUAAGAAGCAGAAUUUCGGAUGCUUUUGAAAAAGUUCGAGGCGUUAGCUUGGCGAGAGAAGAACUGCAAGUGUUCAGGUAUUGUUGGAUAAUGUAUAGAAAUGUUGAGGUUUGUGUGAAUUAUAAGUGUUACGUUUGACUUGUUUGGGAUUACCUGUAAUCUGUGUUUUUCUUCUUUUUUGAAAGAAAUGUAUUUCAGAUGGGAACAGCAUUGAAACCAGCUCAAUAUUAUCCUCUCGUCAAACAGGUUUGUUCGCAUUUGUCAUCUUGUUACUGUUAGUGAUGCUUUCUUUUUGUCUGCCACUAUUAUGGGGUUUUUGGACUAAAUAACUUAUAAGUUGCAACAAGAAGACAUAGCAACUGGUUGCUGUCUGUUUUGUGCAGUUUAUCAAAAUACCAGAAACAAACUUACGUUACUGUCGGCUUUAUUAUGAUAGAAGCCGUUGCUUGGUAAUUAAUGCUCUAGAUUGCAAAUCGAAAGUUCGUGGCUUGAGUCCAUGGAAGGUCAUUUUUUUAUGUUAUUGGACAAGACACGGUACCCUGACAAUGCCUCUCUCUACCUAUAAUAUAUAUAAUAUAUAUAAACGGGUACGUUUAUCCACUGAAAAUAUAGGGAGAGGGGGGUGGUAUGGGUAGAGUUUAACCCGUGAUGGAGUGACAUCACGUAGUGGAGGAGUGGCACGCUUUUUGCAGACGAAACUGAGUCGGAGUAACCCUCGGUGGCCAUGUGAGUCACUUUAUUAUAAUUUGCACUUUAGUAGACUAUACUUUAGAAACACUUUUCAGAGCAUUGUUUUAGUAACAAAGCUUUUCCUGUGAAGUUUGAGUUUAAAGCGUUUUGUGUGAUUCAACCAAAGGAAAUUGUUCUGAUUUAUUUGAAUGUCUAAAAUGCUUCAUCUUUUUCAGAUAACAGAAGGCAUUUUUAGUCCUGAAUCACCUGAACUACCCGACAUCGAGUUCAAGUCACACGGAUUUAAGGAUCUUAUCAAAACAGGAUUUAGGUAAAACGAAAGGGGCGAUUUUGUUUUUGCUGUCAGUUAUUUCCUGCCUGAGAUGCACGUCAUGCUAUAUUCGUUAAUUCACCAUUUCUUGUUUUAUUGUUUGACUCAGUUUAUUCAUGAAUGUGAGCAAGCCUCGUCCUAAUGACCAUCCUUUGUUGGUUCUGUUCAUCGUUGGGGGAAUCACAUGUUCAGAGGUUCACCAGAUAAGGGAAGCGUUAGCUGCGUAUCAUCCUAAUACCCAGGUGAGAGCGUUGUUGUUAUAGAGCCAAUUUUCUGCGUGUUCUCCUAAAUAAAAACCAAAGUAAUCAACAUGGGAAGUUUCCCCUUUAGCGUUAGUGGGUCCAUACGGCUUGGACGUAUGUUAGGCCACCCACAAGUUCUGGAACUAACUAAAGACAGAGCGGAAGGGUAUACUUGAAUACUGUGAACGGUAAUUUAGGAAAAGCAUUACUCUAUUUUCAUUCUUACGGAACGCUUUGAUCUGAGGAGUUUCUAGUCACUGGUGGGACUUCCGACGCAACAUUCUGAUUCACUUCUGUUUCUCUUCGUUCCAGCUUUUAAUUGGUAGCACACGGCUUAUGAGAGGCGAAGAUUUGUUCAAGGACGUUUUCCUCCAGGAUAAUCUGUUCCCAGCUCUUCAUUAAUGAUUUUCAUGAAGUGUGGCUUGACACACAUCUGGCUUGUGACGCCGAUGAGAAGUUGUCCAAGUCGUCGACUAACUUGCUCGAGAACAUAACAUACGUGUGAGUGAUAGUGGAUGGUCAGUUGUUUUCAACAAAACAAAAGAAAAACUGUAAAUUGAACAGCUAAAUGGACAACACACGCAACCCCAAGCCCAUAAUGACAUCACGAUGGUCAAAGAUUCCCUGAUAAUUUUUUUAUUGCUAUAACCAAUUGAAGAUUGGUCAACACAAGAGAAUAGAAAUUGGUCAAUGAAUAUCUCCCCAAUCGUUUUUAGUAGAGGCUUAAAAAAAAGGAAGAACCUGAGAUCAAGUACAAGUGCUAAGAGAAGAGACUUACAAAGGACCAAAAGCCAAACGCGGCGCAAAACAAAAAAUUUUGAACUUAUUUAAAAUAUUGAACAAAUGCACGAAGGGUGCAUAACAGUUGCAGUAAUGGAAGCGACAGGCGUAGAGCUUCGUCAAAAUAUUCUAUAAUUUUUCAUAUCCUGAGAGUGCUUUUAUUGUGGCGUGAGAAACAACUAAAAUGUCCCUAAGAGAUACCUUUUAAGGGUGCGCCGUUUGUUACAUCUGACCAGUGACACAGAGCAUCGACAGUGGCAAGAUGUAAUUUAGUGUUGACAACUGAGUUGAAAACGUAAAUUGGCCACCGUAAAGAGUUUAAAGUUUCGAGCGUCAGCCCUUCGUCAAUUUGGCAAGAUGGUUUACUUAUGGAGUUGUAAAGCGGACUUAUAGUAUAUUUUCCACAGAGAACAAACCUUGGAUAAUCUUUUUUGAAAUCUAAUUUAUAAAAGAUGGGCUAAAUAUAUGGAGUUGUUUGCAGGUUUCAAAAUAAACUGGAAGGUCAAAGUCUAGUAGUAGUUACCUCCCUAAGCCAUUGAUCAGGUUUCCAAACCUACAUCAUUUCCCAUGGUAAUAUCAUGUUCGAGAGUUUCCCAUAACCUUUGAGGUGACUUUACAAGAUUCACAAUCACGUCUUAGGUCAUUCCCAACCUUCUGAUUGGUUUAUAACAACUAAUCACAUUUGCUUGACUGCUCUCAAGUUCCAGUGC